AUGGAGGAACACAGGGCUCCCGAGGUGGCCAGGUCCUUGAGAGGAGCCAUCAUUGUCCUCCUCAUCGUCACUGCCUUGGCCACUGUUUUCCUCUUCUUGGACGACAAGCACAGCACUCUCCACCGACUGGUGGAGUUGCCCCUGCCGGCAUCGGUGCCUGGCUUCCCAUUCUGCUUUGGCGAUAGGAUGUCCAUCUUCCUCUUCUGCAACGUCCUUCUCGUCCUCGUCUCCAGGAACCUAUCACUGGUGGCGCCGCACGGUCCCGGCGAUGAAGCGGGGAUAGCAGGGAAAUCGUCGAGCGGCUACCAGGUCGUGGACAGAGAAGUCGGAUCGGGUGGCGGUGAGAAGCAAGAAUUCGAGAAGCGAGAGCUGGAGGAAAUGUCAGAGGAGGAAAAGCUGGAGGAAGUGCCAGUGGAAGCAGAACAGGAUGAAGUGACAAUGGAGGAAGAACGAGAGGAAGUUACAGAGGAAGACGAACAGGAGAAAGUGCUACAGGAAGAAGAGCAGCAACAGGAGGAGAGAGAAGAAGGAGAUAAAGUUGAAGGGACGAACGUCGACGAACUCAACAGGAGAUUCGAAGAUUUCAUAGAGAAGGUGAAAACAGGCAUGAGAAUGGAGGCUCUACAUCUCGCGCGGAUCUGA